CGCGCUCCUCUAAACAUGAAUCACUACGCUAAUAAGAAGAGCGCGGCGGAGAGCAUGCUGGACGUGGCUCUGCUGAUGGCUAACGCCUCGCAGCUGAAGGCCGUGCUGGAGCAGGGGCCCCAAAACACCCUGUACCCGGCCCUGAUCACACUCAUCAGCCUGUCGCUCUGCCUGCAAGUCUUAGUGGGCAUCCUGCUCAUCUUCAUAGUGAAGUGGAACCUGAACGACGAGCAGAAACAUCUCAGGCUGAACAUCUUAGAGAACAUCAGCACGGCCUGCAUCUUCAUCAUCGUCGUCAUCAAUGUCUUCAUCACUGCGUUUGGAGUUCAGCGGCCCAAUGCAGGCGCGUGA